UUUUGUUUCUGUCGAAAAGGCCGGUAUCCACCAAUCCUAAAGAAGGAAAGGCGGGACCUUUAUGUUGUGCCUGUGGAAUCUAAACCCGAUCUGCUUUGAUCCACGAAACCCAGUCUUUGGGCUGAGACAUUAGGAUCUCUGUUAUAUCCAAAAUCUCUGUACGUGCUCGUCACGAGAAUUUAAGAAACAUCGCUUUGGUUACAAAUAAAGGCCUGCACAUUGAAUAAAUAAAACAUUAAUCCUGCAUUUGGCGGUACGCUGCAAGUUUUCAAGACUGAUAUCAGUGCGUGUUAGUGUACAAAGUUGGGGUGAGUGAGGUGUAUUGCUGUACGUUUUGUUGUGUGUGUGUGUGUGUGUGGCCAAAAUAUGGUGAAGCUGGAGCUGGAUCAGGUGGUGAUGAGAAGAAUGAGGGAGGAUGACAUAGAGACUGUCAAAGCCAUGAUCAAGGAGGGUUGUCAGGGCACGGAGAACCGUUUGAUUCUUCACAUCCUGACUCGUCCUGUGUGCCUGCUUCUCCUGGCAACUAUCUCAUCCGUCCUCCGAUGCUUCCUCCACUCUUUCAUCCUGGCACUCGUCAUCCCUGUGUUCCUGCUCAUUGUCUACCUGAAAGUCACUCUGCCACGCUCCAUCGGGGUGCUGGGAACCAGUCGGCCCUACUGGGACUAUGUGGGGAGCAGUUACAGAGGGGCGCAGGAUGACACCCUCCUCAAUCCCUACAGCCGGGUCAGUGGGAAACCCCCGCCAACAAAAGGCAAGGCCAGACGGAGGACCAAGCUCAAGGCGGAGGGCGUAGACACGCCUCCUGAGAUCGUUGACGCUGAGCGGGAGAAGGCUGCCGGGCAGGUGUGGGUUGCGGACUGUGAGGGGGAGAUCGUUGGAUGUGUAUCCAGGGAAGGUGACUGCCGCCCGGGGAUCAGGAGAUUAUGCCGGCUGGUGGUGGGCUGCUGGUACCGCCGUGAGGGCCUGGGCCGACUCCUGAUCCAGAGCCUGGAGCAGAGGGAGAGGCAGGAGGGAGCCAGGAGGGUGUACGCCCACGUUCCCUACCCUUCCGCAGUGGGAGAAGCCUUCUUCAGGAAGCUGGGCUACCGGCUGCAGGGGGAGGUGGGCUACGAUGGGGAAGAGGAGGAGGAGGAAGAGCAGCCGGAGAAGGCCUUUCUGGGCUUUCACAUUACCAAGGUGUUUGUCAAGGACCUAAAGUGAUGAAAGGAAGGGAAUGUGGAAAAGAAGACAGGAGAAACUAAAGAGAAAUUGUGAGGGAAACAAAGGGAGAGACAGUAAAAGAGGUGUGCUAUAAGAGACAAUAAUGACGUCAACACAGAAGUCUCCAACCGUUAAUUAGCUUUCAAAUAGGCACAUUCUCUUCAUCCCUGCACCUUUCCCAGGUCCCUAGUUUACAAGAUAAAGUACUGCACACAUUUUUGUCAUUUUACCUGUUAAAAUGUAGUUUAAUGAACUGUUCUUAGGGGGCCCUAUAAAAUCAGAUCAUUAGUUCUCCUAAAUUCAGUUUUAUAUCUUUUACAGAAUAUUUCUUUCUCAGUUGUAUUUUUACUGGUUUAGGAUUUGUUUUAUUGUUAUGUUUUCCAAAUUAUACUACCAGAUUUUUUUGUGUUAUUGCCCUUUUAUAUCUGGUCUGUUGACUGUGAGUGUAGAGAGGAAUGUGCAGGUAUGUGGGUUCUGUAAUGCUGCUCAUUUCUUGGCAACAUUUGCAAUAACAAAUAACAGAAACAAAUUGUAGACUUCCUCAUGAUAUACUGCAUCUGCCAGGUAAGCCUACUUUGCUGUUUUGAAAGAUUUUAGGGAAAGUAUUACUCUAAAACCACAGUGUGGUUAUUAUUUAACUUACACUAUGUAUGGAGCAAAACAUGCAUUGCACAUAGAGCAAAUUGACAGAUAUUGUGUUAGGCUUUUUAAGCCAAGUUUUUUUUUUUCCUCAGCAAAUGUUUUGUAUUUAUUUAUGUAUUUAUUUAUUUAUGUAUUGUCACUAUGUAUUGAUAUUUGUUUGAAACCAAAAUCAUUUUAUCAUGCCAAGUCUAUCUCUGUAUGUCUAGCUGGCUGUUUAUUUGUUAAGAAAGUUUACAAAUAAGAUCGUUUUUUAAUAAAUGUGUGCGUGCGUGGGCAGUUGCACCCUUGUGUGAU